AUGAAGGUCUUUUCAUCUACUUGCACUUUUGACUACUCUUGGGACGAGGUGUCAACCGCAAACUGGCGAAAAUAUUGCCCAUGGAAUGACAAGGCCACCCACGUCGUGGGUGUAGACACGCUCUCCCGAACGAUCGACCCUCAGACCGGUAUCUUGCGAACUGAGCGUCUUAUAACUUGCAACCAGUCGGUACCUCAGUGGGUUCUCUCUCUCUUUGGCGGCAGUGCCACCUCCCACGUGUACGAAAUAUCUUACGUCGAUCCCGCCGUCAAGAAGGUCACCAUGUGCUCUACCAACCUGACCUGGUCGAAUGUGCUCAGCGUCCGCGAAACGGUUGUCUAUCAGCCAUCGUCGAUUCAGCCCAAUACCACCACUGAAUUCAGCCAGGAAGCGAAGAUCACCGCUCUAUGCGGUGGGUGGCAGAAGAUCAAGAACAAGGUCGAGGAGGCGAGCGUCGAGCGAUUCCGGGAGAACGCCUCCCGUGGUCGCGAGGGGUUUGAAACCGUCCUCGAAAUGAGCCGUCGAGUUUUUGGGGAACAACGAGCUCUCGAGAGCCAAAGACUGCAGUCGUAA